ACGAGCGUGGGUUGCCAUCUUGAGCGAACUCGAUGCUGUGAGGUGAGUGAAUAAGAGGAGUUGAGUAAGUCAGAGUUUAUAUUCCUCGUCAAGCUUCUUUCACCUCGCCCCACAUAUCUUGGAAGAGUAUGAAGCGAAAGCCGGCCACAACUUUCGCAACCUGAGGCUCAAACUUGGACAACCUCGCCCUCCAUGACAAACGGCGACGCAAACGAAGCCAGCCUGGCGUUGCUUCCACAGCCAUUGCAAGGCGAAGCCGACGUUCACGACCUCUUCCACGACCUCCCACUCCCACGCCCUGAGCCUGGGUUCAAUGGUUACAAGACGUUAGCUGAAGUGCCUGUGGCAAGGUUCCGGUCCAAGUACCAGGCCAACGAGCUUCUAGCCGUUUAUCUGUACGACCGCGACACCUUCCGCAAGCUCUUUAUCACUGCCAACCGCGCGUGCGAUGAUGGCGAUAGACUCUGGAUCGACCUCUUGGAGCGCAUAUGGCCAUCAAGCUACAUGGAGGCCGAGAACCACGCACGCCCCGGCAAGGUCAGGCUUCUGGUCAACCAGGCAGACAAGGAGAUGCUCGAUGGGGUGAUGGAAGGCGAGCAGGAGCAGGCCUUCGCUGUGCUUGGCUCAACUGCACAGAGUCACCUGCUUGCGGCGCCGAUGACCACCCAGAAACUCGCCAUGAAGCCGUGUUUCCAACCCAAAUUCGACCUCGAGGCCGUGCAGGUGUUCCCUGAGGAGAAGUCUACGAAGCAGAAGAUUGUCGAAAGGGCCGUUCUUGAUAACCGGGAGUUGAAUGAGGCUAGAAGCUUGCUCUCCGACGAAGUCAUGGAGGAGCUGGCAUACGCCACGCUGCGACUGCUUUCCAAUAACUCCUCAUGGGAAGACUUCGCUACCGCUCACGAUUGA